UAGGCUAUCUCCGUCCGCGCUUAACUUGGAACGUCAGGCACCAGUUCUCGCAUCGCUCUCGAGGUUCGCGACAUGACAGUGGUAUAGGAAAGUUGCAUCAAUUUGUCAAGAUAACGCACUUACCUCUUACCACUUGUCACCGUCUUAGCUAGCAAACCGUCGUUGAACCGAUACGGGACUACACAUCAUGGCUUGUCGACCACACGGCCUAUCGCGCACCCUGCCGAAGAACUUCACCUUUUCUUCGUCGGGUGAGCCUCGCACACCAGAGCGCGUUUCGCACCACCUGGAUGUCCCACCGCCUCCCCCUCGUCAUUCCAGUUGCCGCUUACGUAGGUCCCGCGUCCGCUCGGGGACCGAUGUCUUUGCGCAGGCUGAAUAUGACCUCAGCACGUUCAACCCGAACCCAUCCGAUGUCCCUUUACCUUCGAUUGAAGUCCCCUCUACCGACGCUUUCGCGGGCCCCUCGUGUCCAGCAGUACCCUCCCGCGAUGACCGUUUCUUAGCGCCGCCCCGGGAUCGCCUGGCCAUGAAAACGCCUCCCGCUCAGAUUCGCCCCGACCCGAUCGAGGAUAAAAGUACCGGAUCGUGGUCUCUGGAGGACCCGCAGGCCCUGGGAGAGAGUAUCCAACGCCCGAGUUCCGUCUGCUCGCAAGCAUCAGAUUCAUCCGUCUCCUCGAUAGAAACGUUUGGCUCCCGGCGCUCAGCGGGUGGAAGCUGUACCAGCAUGGAGAGCGAUUCAUACGACCCGUUCUUCCACCUGGAGCUUCCACCAAAGCCGGCUCCGGAGACGCCCUCUUUGUGUCGGACGCGCAAGAAUAAGACACGGAUGUUGCAUGCUAAGGAACGAUGGACCCUGGACAUGGACAACCAUCUAUGGAACACUUACCAGCUCUACAUCCAAGACCCUACCAUUACUCCUUUUAAAAUGACUCCGGGCAGCAUUCCGCCGCUUGGGGUCACUCACCGUGUUGCCCGGGAGGCCAAGCGGACGUGGGAGAGAAGGCGCUUUAGACUCGACCGACAGUUUCCUUUUACACUCUCCUACCAACGUCCAUCUAGCGACUCUACUCCCACCCCCAAGGUGGAUGCGGUGAAGCCUACCUGGCCUAAGUCAGAAGCAUCGACACGGCGCAGGCUCAAACUACUGUGUAGAAAGAAGUUUUCGAUUGCUCCCCACUACCAGAGAAUGAUGCAAUCCAGGAGCCCGACGCCAGCCCUGGACUUGUUGUCCCAGCCAUCUGGUGAACCCCCCAGGGCUGUCGGUCCUCCCAGUAGCUGCACAGCCUAUGCGACGCGCGACCUGGGUGUGUCUCUCGUUUCCAGCUCUGUACCUGGGCCUUUGGCUCAGCUGGCAGCGGAAGACUCUUCGCCUCGAGAGAUGAACAGCGACUGGUUCAAUAAUCCCAUACUUAGUGCGCCUCGGCAAUUCAUCCCGGAGCUACCUGCAAUACAUCCUGGUAGUGCCCCUAGACAAGAGCCCGUGCCACGGCUAGGAUCGCCAUUUACGUAUAACACCUGGGGGCCCAAUGCCUCGAGAAAGCGAUCUCAGCGUCAUACACCUAGGGCUCGGCGAGAAACCAUCCAUGUAACGGGCUCCCGGCUACGUUCUCCGCCCCGCAUGGAGCCAUUCGCGAACGUCGACCAUCACCACCUGGCUCCUUACGUGGCAACUGCCAGCGAAUCGCCAGCAGAACAAGAUACGCGGGUGCAAUUAGAAGACCUUGUCCGCCAGGGAAAGCUAAGUGACUUAGGUCAGCAUCGCAUACGCAUUCGCAACCGUGGAGCCACGAUAAGUUCAGUGAACCACAAAGGUCUCGACCAGUUGUUCUCCCCACCAUCGUCGUCCUCUCGGAACGACGAAGAUCCCAUGGUCGGAAAGCCCAUCGCCAAUCCUAUGCUGAAUCUCGGUGGCGACAGUAUCAAGCGCUUGGGCUCCCCUUUCAAGGUAGAAACGCCCAAACGAGUUCCGCCGUCACCGAGACGCAUUCGACACGCGCCUUCGCUUUCGGAUCCGUUCGCAAGCGGGCUUUUACCACAAUUCCAGCCGACGAGUCCGAACAGUCAACCGAGGAACGAAGAAAGGACUAGUCGGCUCCCUUACGAUCCGACGGAGCAAGGCAUCUCCGAUGCGGAGCGCAUUCGGAGGCAAAUCCUGAAUAUGCCGUACUCGAGGCAAUAGAUUGCAUACUGCAUUGUUAGAACUCUGUUUCA